UCAAACUCCCGGCCUCGCGCUCCUGCCCCCCUGUCUCCCAGCUCUGCACCUGCGCUCGUCCCCGACCUGUGCCCGGGGCAGGCCAAACCGCGGAGACCGGAGGGGCGGGGUCCGACGGCCCCGAGAAGCUCCGCCGGCGCGGCUGGGCCAGUGUCUGGCCCUUUAAGGGCCGCCCCCGAGGAGGUGCCAGGCCCGGGUAGCGACGUCUCUCCUUCCUGGUCCUGCGGGGCCGGGACUGUCCGCGGGGCUGAGGGACAGGGCCGUGCCCGGUGCCAGCCCAGGUGCCCCCGGCCUGGCCCCAUGGCCCUGGUCACAGUGAGCCGCUCGCCCCCGGGCAGCGGCGCCUCCACGCCCGUGGGACCCCGGAAUUCCUGAGAGAGGGGAGAGGACAGCGCUUCCCGCGCUCACCCUCCCCUGGGGCUGCUCUCUCGGCAGGACCCGGCGGUCCAGCGGAGGAGUCGACUCCAGCGAAGGCAGAGCUUUGCAGUGCUCCGAGGGGCUGUCCUGGGACUGCAGGAUGGAGGGGACAAUGAUGAUGCAGCAGAGGCCAGUCCUGAGCCAUCAGAGGAGCCCCCAAGUGAGGAGCAGCCCCGUGGGGACCAGGUAGACUUCGGGCAAGGACCCCAGAGUCCCCAGAAACAAGAGGAGCAGAGGCAGCACCUUCACCUCAUGGUGCAGCUGCUGAGGCCGCAGGACGACAUCCGCCUGGCAGCCCAGCUGGAGGCAGCUCGGCCUCCCCGGCUCCGUUACCUGCUGGUAGUUUCUACACGAGAAGGAGAAGGCCUGAGCCAGGAUGAGACGGUCCUCCUGGGUGUGGAUUUCCCUGACAGCAGCUCCCCCAGCUGCACCCUGGGCCUGGUCUUGCCCCUCUGGAGUGACACCCAGGUGUACUUAGAUGGAGACGGGGGCUUCAUCGUAACAUCUGGUGGGCAGAGCCGGAUCUUCAAGCCAAUCUCCAUCCAGACCAUGUGGGCCACGCUCCAGGUAUUGCACCAGGCAUGUGAGGCAGCUCUAGGCAGCGGCCUUGUGCCCGGUGGCAGUGCCCUCACCUGGGCCAGCCACUACCAGGAGAGACUGAACUCCAACCAGAGCUGCCUCAAUGAGUGGACAGCUAUGGCUGACCUAGAGUCUCUGCGGCCUCCCAGCACCGAGCCUGGCCGGCCCUCAGAACAGGAGCAGAUGGAGCAGGCGAUCCGUGCUGAGCUGCGGAAAGUGUUGGAUGCCAGCGACCUGGAGAGCGUCACUUCCAAAGAGAUCCGCCAGGCCCUGGAGCUGCGCCUGGGGCACCCCCUCCAGCAGCACCGUGACUUCAUAGACAACCAGAUGCUGCUGCUGGUGGCGCAGCGGGACCGGGCCUCCCGCAUCUUCCCCCACCUCUACCUGGGCUCAGAGUGGAAUGCGGCUAACCUGGAGGAGCUGCAGAGGAACAGGGUCACCCACAUCUUGAACAUGGCCCGAGAGAUCGACAACUUCUACCCUGAGCGCUUCACUUACCACAACGUGCGCCUCUGGGAUGAGGAGUCGGCCCAGCUGCUGCCGCACUGGAAGGAGACGUACCGCUUCAUUGAGGCCGCAAGAACACAGGGCACCCGCGUGCUGGUCCACUGCAAGAUGGGCGUCAGCCGCUCAGCGGCCACGGUGCUGGCCUAUGCCAUGAAGCAGUAUGGCUGCAGCCUGGAGCAGGCCCUGCACCACGUGCAGGAGCUCCGGCCCAUCGCCCGCCCCAACCCCGGCUUCCUGCGCCAGCUGCAGAUCUACCAGGGCAUCCUGACUGCCAGUCGCCAGAGCCAUGUCUGGGAGCAGAAAGCGGGUGGGGUCUCCCCAGAAGAGCACCCAGCCCCUGAAGUCUCUACACCAUUCCCGCCUCUUCCGCCAGAACCUGGGGGUGGUGGGGAGGAGAAGGUUGUGGGCGUGGAGGAGAGCCAAGUAGCCCCAAAAGAAGAGCCUGGGCCACGGCCACGUAUCAACCUCCGAGGGGUCAUGAGGUCCAUCAGUCUCCUGGAACCCUCCUUGGAGCUGGAGAGCACCUCAGAGGCCAGUGACAUGCCAGAGGUUUUCUCUUCCCCUGAGUCUUCAUAUGAAGAGCCUCCGCACCCCUUCCUGCAGCUUGCAAGGACCAAGGGAGGCCAGCAGGUGGGCCGGGGGCCGCAGCCGGCCCUGAAGUCCCGCCAGUCAGUGGUUGCUCUCCAGAGCGCCGCCCUCGUGGCCAGCCGGACCCAGGUCUUCCAGGAGCAGAGGCAGGGAGAGCCCGGCAUUUCCUCUACACCCAGGUUCCGGAAGGUGGUGAGGCAGGCCAGCGUGGAUGACAGUGGAGAGGAGGGCGAGGCCUGAGCCCUCACACACACCCAUGUUCCCCUAGACACUAAAUAGAGGGUCCACAGCUCCUCAGGGAAACGCCCUCAUGUCUCCGGCAGCCCCAUUCCUCUCAGCUCCUCCCACGACAGCUCCUCCCCUCACUACAGCCACACCUCCCACAGCCCUAAGUGCCAGACCCAUGUCCACCUGCCGGGGGCUCAAGGCUUUCUAACUGGGAUGUGGUAGAGGGACCGAAGGUGCCAUUGGCGGCAACCGCAUCCUAGUUUCAUUCUCACCUCUUGCUCUGAACAUUCACCUGCAGUCACAGAAUAAAAACAGAGCUUCCAGUGCAGAAAGGCUCCUGUUCCCCACUCCUGCCCAUCCCUGUGCCUCCCAUCCUUCCCCAGUUCAUUCCUGGAACCAGCCAGGCCAGGGAACCCCUGGCCCCAAAGGCAGGCAGUACCCUCAGCCCCAGCCGCAGGAGGCUUGAGGGGUGGCAGGUCGCUGCCCCCAUCCACCUCAACCCGUCCAGGUCUUUGCUGCUGUCCCCAGACCUCCUGCAUCACUGCGCUGGAUCACAGGGCACCAGGCCAGAGAGAGUCUUCUUUUUGUCCUUUAUGGUCUCUGGCUAGUCAGGUUUUCAUAGUCUUAGAGUAUCUGGCUUUGUACUGAGAAAUAAAACACAUUUUCAUAUUCGAUUA